UAAGGAAGGAAACCUAACGAUUCUUGGGACUUUCAACCGUCUGGAGUUUAUACUUUCUUUUCCUCUUCCAACCCACGUACUUACUGUACAGCUCACGUUGUUACCCCUGUCACCAUGUUCUUAACGAAGAGGGUUCAUCUUGUUGUACUAUUCAGUGUGAUCAUUAUAACCCGCACUACUGCUUACGAUUUCACAGCUGCCACGGUGUACUGGGAUCGCUCACACAAGACUGUCCUACUCAAAGAAGACGUACUUGAGACGGAGGGGGAUGCCUACGGGUUCUUCAACAACAGUCUCUCCAGUACAGGCUGGAGUGUCCUGGAGAUCCGGGCUGGAUAUGGGGAGACCCCCAAGACUGAUGAGCUCACCUUCUUCCUAGCUGGAUACCUUGAGGGCUUCCUCACUGCCAAGCAGAUGAUCGAACACUACACCAACAUGUAUCCCCAGCUGAUCCACAAACCAGAGGUCCUAAGCCCAGUUCAAAAAUUCAUGAAGCAGCAGGAUUCAUGGACCAGAGAACAGGUUAAGCUGAACAAGAGCUUUGACCCUCUGUGGAAACACACAGGAUUCAUAGUGGCUCAGAUGGAUGGACUCCAAGCCGGAGUCGCACACUGGGCCAAAAAACAAGGAAAAAAGCCCCUGUCACUGUUUGCCAUCCAGUUUCUGAAUGCAGUUGGGGACCUGCUGGACCUGAUCCCGGCCCUGGUGCCCAAAUCCAAACCUCAUUUCAGAGACUUUAAACUGCCAGGGAUGGGACACUGCUCAGCACUCAUCAAGAUGUUGCCCGGCUAUGAGAAUCUACUGUUUGCCCAUUCCAGCUGGUACACCUACGCCGCCACCAUGCGUAUCUACAAACACUGGGAUUUCAAUAUCAUCGAGCACCACACAGCCACUGGGAAGCUAUCUUUCAGCAGCUAUCCCGGGUUCCUGGUGUCGCUGGACGACUUUUACCUGUUGGGCAGCGGACUGAUGAUGACCCAGACAACCAACAAUGUGUUUGACUCCAUCCUCUUUAAACUCAUCAUACCCCACAGCUUGCUGGCAUGGCAGAGAGUCAGACUGGCCAACAGCCUGGCGCACAAUGGAGAGGAGUGGGCCAAAACCUUCUCCAUGUACAACUCUGGUACCUAUAACAACCAGUACAUGGUGGUGGACAGGAGCAAAAUAAAACUGGGCCACAGCAUCGAUGAUGGAGCGCUGACUGUGGUGGAGCAGAUCCCUGGGCUGGUGGAGUAUUCUGACCAGACUCAGGCCCUGCGCAGAGGAUACUGGCCCUCCUACAACAUCCCCUUCCACAAGAAUAUCUACAUACUGAGCGGCUAUGGGGUGAUGUGGGAGGAGUAUGGCAAUGACUUCUCUUAUGACCUCUGCCCUCGAGCCAAGAUCUUCCGCCGUGACCAGGCUGCGGUCAAAGACCUGGAGUCCCUGAAGCACAUCAUGAGAUACAAUGACUACAAGAAUGAUCCAUACUCCGAGGGCGACCCUUGCAAAUCCAUCUGCUGUCGCAAUGACUUGCAGAAAGAAAAACCUUCACCUGGUGGCUGCUAUGACACUAAGGUGACAGAUUUCAACAUGGCUGACAAGUUCAGUGCGGAGGCGUUGAACGGACCGACGACACAGGGUGGCCUCCCCCCGUUUUCAUGGGACAAGUUCAACACCACCAGCCAUGAGGGCCUGCCGCAGUUUUACAACUUCACCUUCAUCAGCAUGCAACCGCUUCUCUUCAUGCCCUGAAGUGUGUGUGUGUGUGUGUGUGUGUGUGUGUGUGUGUGUGUGUGUGUGUGUGUGUGUGUGUGUGUUCUGUGCUUCCUGUACACAGAAGGCUCAAGAAGGCGUUAUGAGUCGUGCAUGUAACAUAA